AUGAAGCGGCAGAACCUGCGCACGGCCGCGCUCAUCCUCUGCAUCUUCUCCUACCUGCUGGUGGGCGCCGCGGUCUUCGAUGCGCUGGAGUCGGAGGCGGAGAGCGGCCGCAAGCGGCUGCUGGAGCAGAAGCGCGGGGAGCUGCGGAGGAAGUACCGCUUCUCCGCCGACGAUUACCGGGAGCUGGAGCGGCUGGUGCUGCAGGCCGAGCCGCACCGCGCCGGUCGCCAGUGGAAGUUCGCCGGCUCCUUCUACUUCGCCAUCACGGUCAUCACCACCAUCGGUUAUGGGCACGCUGCUCCCGGCACAGACGCUGGCAAAGUCUUCUGCAUGUUCUACGCCAUCCUGGGCAUCCCCCUGACACUGGUCAUGUUCCAGAGCCUGGGGGAGCGCAUGAACACCGUCGUGCGGCUGCUGCUCAAGAAGAUCAAGAAGUGUCUGGGCAUGAGGACAACCCAUGUCUCCAUGGAGAACAUGGUCCUGGUGGGCUUUCUGUCCUGCAUGGGCACGCUGUGCAUUGGCGCCGCUGCCUUCUCUUAUUUCGAGGGCUGGACUUUCUUCCACGCCUAUUACUACUGCUUCAUAACCUUGACCACUAUUGGCUUUGGAGACUUUGUGGCUCUGCAGAAGAACGAGGCUUUGCAGAAGAAGCCCCCAUAUGUGGCUUUCAGCUUCAUGUACAUCCUGGUAGGCCUGACCGUCAUCGGCGCCUUCCUCAACCUGGUGGUGCUGCGGUUCCUGACGAUGAACUCGGAGGACGAGCGGCGGGACGCCGAAGAGCGAGCCUCGCUGAGGAGAGCCCGCAACAACAUCCACCUCAAGCCCAAAGAGGACAGCCGCAGCAGCAAUGCCAUUUUUCUCCCUGUGGAGGACAGGACGAGCCAGAUGAACCUGAUCCCGCUGGUCCAGGAGGACGCGGAGAGGCAGCGGCGUCAGUCGGCCGCCUCGGCGGCCGCGGUGCCGUCCUUCUGCACGUGCCUGUGCUACAGACCCCAGGUGUGUGGCAGCCCGGCACCCUCCCACCCCGAGACCCUGAGCUGCCACACCAACCCUGUGUACUACAACUCCAUUUCCUACAAAAUCGACGAGGUGUCCCUGAGCACACGGGGUCAGACCGGCUCUUCCCCAGGGAGCACUUUGUCUUCCAACAGCCCUCGCUGCCGGCAGCACCCCCGGCUGCGGAGGAAAUCCAUCUAG